CUCCCGCUCACUUCGUCCUGGACACAGAGGUGGAGGCUAGAGAGAAGGAGAGCGAGAGAUGGCCGGAAUCCUGUCGAUGAACUCCGCUAUUGGGCUGCCGGCUGCCGGAAACAGGAGAACGGCGACUAGGAGGCCCGCAUCCAUGAGUUCAGUGGCUACACCAGGGAAGAAACAGACGAGGAUUCAGAGGUUGAUCGAGGAGGAAGGAAUCGUGCUUAUGCCCGGUUGCUACGACGCCCUCUCUGCAGCCAUUGUCCAGAAAUCCGGCUUCUCGGCCGGAUUCAUCUCCGGCUACGCUCUUUCCGCCUCGCUCCUUGGCAAGCCCGACUUCGGCCUCCUUACGCCGCCCGAGAUGGCGGAGAAAGCACGGUUCAUCUGCGCCUCUGCCCCAAAUAUCCCAAUUAUCGCUGAUGCCGAUACUGGUGGAGGUAAUGCUCUCAACGUGCAAAGGACCGUUCAGGACUUGAUUGCAGCAGGUGCUGCUGGAUGCUUUCUUGAGGAUCAAGCAUGGCCAAAGAAGUGUGGUCACAUGCGUGGCAAACAGGUUAUACCUGCUGAGGAGCAUGCUGUGAAGAUAGCUUCCGCUAGGGAUGCCAUUGGGAAUGCUGAUUUCUUCCUUGUGGCUAGGACAGAUGCUCGGGCGACAUCAGCGAAAAAUGGAUUGUCUGAAGCAAUAGCACGUGCUAACCUGUACAUGGAGGCAGGAGCCGAUGCAUGCUUUGUUGAAGCACCAAGGGACAUUAAUGAGCUUAAGGAAAUAGGGCGUCAUACUAAGGGUUACAGAGUCUGCAACAUGUUAGAAGGGGGGGUUACCCCAUUACAUACACCACAGGAGCUGAAAGAAAUGGGUUUUCAUCUCAUUGUUCACCCACUCACAACACUUUAUGCAUCAGCUCGUGCAAUGAUUGAUGUCCUUAAAGCAUUGAAGGAGAAAGGAACAACCAGAGACCAUCUUAACAGCUUGGCUACCUUUGAAGAAUUCAAUCAGCUGAUUGAGCUGGAGUCUUGGUUCGAGCUAGAAUCACGUUAUUCUAAGAUUAAGAGUAGUGCUAGAAUUGGGCACUGAAGAUGGUGACUCCCCUAAUCAUGUCUGGUGGUGUGGUCCUCAGAAACUAUUAGUAAUGCAUCCACACACCAAUCACUAACUUAAGUUUUCAUAAUCUUAAUGCAAAUUUUGUUAUUAAGAUAAAAAUUCAGGUUAUAUCAAUAUACAAUUUGCUAUCAAAAUUUUGAUAAUCGUUUGUGUUCA